CCUAAACCUCCAUCAAGUAUUAGAGUAUUGUGUGCAGUGCCGGGGACUGAACAACAAGAAAAAUAUAGAGGCACUGGAAAAGGUUCAAAGAAGAGCAACCAAAUUGAUUCCUGGUAUGAAUGAUAAAAGCUAUGAGGAAAGACUUAAGAUGCUUAACCUCUUCAAGCUUAGUAAAAAGAGUCUCAGUGGUGAUUUGAUUGAAGCUUUUAAAUUCAUAAAGGGGAUUAACAAAGGGAACUGCAAGAGAUUCUUCAGGUUGAGUUCUGUUAGUAGAACAAGGAGACAUAAAUAUAAAUUAGCAAAAGAUAAAAUUCCAUUCAGAUAUUAGGAACAUUGUUCAUGCAGAGAGCAAUCAGUGUGUGGAAUAGCCUGCUAGGUCAGAAACUGGGGAUUUUCAAUAUCAGGCUUGAUAGUGUUAGAUACUAUCUAGUCUGUAAAUAAACAGAAUGGCCUGUUCUCGUCAUUAUGUUAUGUUAUGUUAUGUUAUGUUAUGUUUGUUAUGUUAUGUUAUGUUAUGUUAUGUUAUGUUAUGUUAUGUUAUGUUAUUUUAUGUUAUGUUAUGUUAUGUUAUGUUAUGUCAACAGCACUUUAAUGUAGCAUUCAGGGAAUUCUUUUUUAACGUGCUUAUCUACAAUUAUGUUUCCCAUAAUUGCAACUGUGUUAUUUGGCAGAAUGUUACUACCAUUUCCAGGGGAUUUAUAUAGUGAAAUGAGAUGUACAAGAUGUGCAAUGCCACCAUAUAAGGAUAAUUGAGGGCAUUCACUUGGUGGAGUCAUAAAGCUCAUUCAUGAAGGCAUACUUUUCGGGAUAUUUGUGAGUUAUAAAUGAAUUGUGCGUAUGUGUGAUAGAAGAAGCUUUAUUAAUUCAAAUGCACAUUUUCUGAAUUAUACAUAUGCACAAUUUGGUCGUACCAUAAAAUUUAGGAUGAAAUCCAUGCAAAUGAUAUGCAUGUCAACCCUGGUCUUUGAAUGGUGAGUGUCCAGUUAUCUCACCAAACCCCCAGUGUUAAAAUCUUGAGAUUUAUAUAUGUCCUUGUUACUUUCUGCCAUAAAUGCACUAAGAAACAACGUUAGCUUUUUUUUCCUUACCCUGUAAAUGACAUCAUGUGGAUCUCCAUCUACGACGCAGGCCAGAAUGAAUAAUAAUAAAAAUAAGUGAUUUUUUCUUUUAAUUUCAUGCACAAAAUUAAAAUCAAUAUACUGCAUGAGUGUACAUAUUUUUAUUUUGCUGUCAAAAUGAAUGGAGCACAAUGGGGAAACUGCCUUUUUGAGCUAAAUUCAUAGAUAUAAGCAGGGGGCAACACUAUAUCCGGUGCUGAGGUUAAGAACCAAAAUUGGCUCCUUGGGUCUACCCACAAAACUGUGCCCCACCCAUGCUCAUUUUUUGUGAAAAAUAUGGUGAAGGAUCAUCAGACCAUAUCACAUUUCUCAUCUACUCAGUCCAUUAAGUAUGUUCUUUGCACCACUGUACUCAUAAAUGUGCAUUGCUAAGGGCAAAGAAUAGUUUAAUCAGGAACAUGUACACAAUUCAAUUGCAAGUUUUGCAGGUUUUUUUAUUUGGCAUCACACAUGACUUUUCAUGUUGAUAUUAAUCAUACAUUUAGGCCUCUAUAUGUUCAAGAGAGUUCACAUUGUCAUAGAGUUUCCAUUUAAUGUUUCAUAUUACUUAUGCAGACCUGUGAGGUAUUAUUUGUCAACAAAAGUAUUUUUCAAUCAUAAUAACUACUGUGCUAUCCAAUGUGUGUUGUCUGUUUGAUUCAUGCUUGCUUUAUGAAAAAUUCUGUUUGUAUUAUGAUUGCUUUAGCAGUAGCACCAAAGGUAUUAUCAUAAUGUUGAUUUGCAUCUCCUCUGCUUUAUUCUGUGUAUGUCAUAUUAAAAUAAUUUCAAAAAUUAAAUAAUGUCCCUGAGCAAUUAAGACGUAGCCUAUUUCUCAUUUGUGAAAAUUGUAAAUAAAUAAAAAAAUAAAUAAACAUUAAGUAAUCAAAGUGUACAUGUAUCCUAAACUGCCAUUGAGAAGUAAUGUAAAUAUCAAUGUGAUCUCAGCGUAAACCCUGCAUAUGUCUAUCUUUUCGCAUGUAUUAGUACACCCAAGUUAAUGAAACAAUAGUGAAAGGGCAGGUCUGCCUGGAAGAAAGAAACUGGACAAAAAUACCUUAUUUGUUAUUUGCUUCAUGAACAGACGAAUUUCUAUGAAACAGCCAUGCGAUAGUCUAUACCUACUGGCGAUAAAUUAUGUACUAAAUUAUAAUAACAAACGACUGCCCAUAAUGGAUUUAAAUUCGCGCGCUACCAAACAAGUGGGGCUGUUUUUCGCUAUGUUCUAGAUAUUGCUGCUGCUAGAGGGAGACACCUUGCUCACAUAAAAGAAGAAAAAAAACGUCUUACUCGACGUGACUCGAUUGGCCAAGAGAAGAAAGAAAGAAAAAAUAAACAAACCAAAGGUUGAAAUUUACAAUAAGGACAGACGGAAACGUGAAGGACAUCAGCACAACAGGAAAUUAGGGAAUGGAUUUAUUUUCUUUGCUAACUCUGCUUUAUCUUGUGGAGGUGGUAUGUACAGGUACUCACUCCCUGUGGUACUUCAUCACGCUUACUAUGGGCCCGAGCCCCUUCCCGGAGAUGGCGAUUGUGGGCAUGGUGGAUGAUGUUCCAGUGGAGUACUAUGACAGCGUUGACAGGACAAUGACCUCUCGGUGGCACUGGCACAAGGAAGAGGGCAACGUGGCCUAUGCACAGAUGAAGCGCUUGGCCAUCGCACACGCUGCUCACAGCCUCAAAAAUAAACUUCAGCACAUGAUGGAGCAUUUUAAUCACAGCGUCACGCUCCACACAUACCAGAGAAUUGCCGGGUGUGAGCUGGAUGAUGACGGCACAGAGAGGUUCCAAGCGAAGGACUCCUACAAUGGGAUGGAUGUGCUCUUUUAUGAUGUUCAAUCUUACACAUGGAGUUCUCUUGUCCCAGAAAUGCGGAAGGACUAUUGGCUGAUAGAAUCAUACAAAGGGCUAUUUUAUCAGUUUUACCAACCCCUGUGUGUACAAAACUUGAAGAGCUACCUCCAUCAGGAAAGGAGCAUACUGAAAAGAAAAGUGCGCCCCAGGAUUAGAGUUUUGCGGAAACAAGUUGGCGGUGCUGGUGGGGUAGAGGUAACCUGUCUGGCAACAGGAUUCUACCCCCGACACAUCGAGCUGACAAUGAAGAGGGAUAACCAUCCUGUCCCGGAGCAGGAGCUGAUCAGAGGUGAUAUUCUCCCAAAUGGAGACGGGACGUACCAACUGAGGAUGAGCUUGAGCGUCAGUGCCGAAGAGCUGAGAGAGGGACACCGCUACACCUGCAGUGUUAGACAUGUCAGCAUGGACAACAAGCUGGACAUUGCCUGGGACUCACAGCCAAAGCCAGACAUUGCGCUGAUUUCAGCAGCAUCGGUCACAGCUCUGGCCACAGUUCUGCUCAUCCUCACUGGCAUCUUCGUCUUGAAGAAGAGAAAGAGCAAGGUGCCAGGAUGCAGCGGGUCUGGGAAGAUUGAGGAAGAGGUGGAAAGGAUGCAUGCUGCUGAAGGGGUGGUGAAGGAUGCAGAAGAACUUUUAGAGAUGGAAAGACAGGAAGACUGAAAGGAAGCUAGAAAAAUGGCCAGCAGAUGCUGAUACUCAAGCGAGGGGGUCUUCCAAGUCUUCCUGUUCAACCCCUGCAGUGCACAGUCUUCUUUUAUUAGGGCCCAUUACCCAGGAUUACUUUCAUAGCUUAAAUUGCACAUUUUUUAAUCUUUAUAAGUGAAUACACACUAUCAAAACUCCUUUUCAUAUUUGAUCUCUGCCUCACCAAGAAACAAUUCUUUCAAGCAUACAUGCUUGAAGACACGUUUUGAGAACAGCGAUCUACAGUGCUGUGAAAAAGUAUUUUCCUGAGUUCCUUUAUUGUUCAUAUUUGUCACCCUGAAUGGUUUCAGAUAUUUAGACAACAUUUUAUAUUAUACAAAGGGAAACUGAGUGAACACAAAACACUAUUUGUUAAAUAUUUAAUGAAUGAAAAAAUGUAUCUAACAUCCAUAUCAUCCAUGUGUAGUAAUGAAGAAGUUGAGAAACAUAAACAUGACCCUCUCACCAAACUCAGGAAAUAGUGGG